GUCGUGAAAGAGAAGCCAUGACAUAAUGAUAUCAGCCUCGCUGGCCUUUUACUACUCUCUCUUUCUCUCUCUAAGAAAUUCCCAUUGAAAAUGGCUGUAUCGAUUGAUUGAGCAAUGAUCAAAUAGAGAAAGAAAGAAGAAGAAGGGAGAGAGAUAGAGAGAGCGUAUUCUACUGAUUUUGGUCCGUUGGAUCUUUUUUCUUUUUCGUUUCUUUCUGGUGGGGGUUUGAUGGGAUCUGAAGGAGGAGAAGAGGUGGGGAAGAAUGAAAAAGAUGGUGAAAGAACGAGCAGUAUAUGGCAGUCUUCCAGACAGCUGUGGGCGCUGUUGCUGCUCUCAGCUUGCUUUAAGCACGAGAGUAGCUGCCCUUCCAUGGUUUUUCUCACAUAACGGAAGAGCUGUUGCUGCUUGCUUUCUUUUCUUCUCCAACUGUCACUGAGCUAAGAAAAAGAAGCACAAGUGAGGGAGAGAUCUUUCAGCUGUUUUGGGUUUUUAGGUUUUGUAGGGGAGCUUUUGUUUUUCUUUUUUUCUUCACAGACAUGAAGCGGUUGGGUAGCUCUGAUUCCUUGGGUGCUAUGAUUCCUGUCUGUACAUCUGCAGAAGAGAAAAUUUCAAGCGGCAGCAGCGUUUACAACAGGGGCUAUCAACCCAUGCUAGAUGGCUUGGAAGAAGAGGAUUGCGCGGAGGAAACCGGCCAUAUAGCCGAGAAGAAGCGGCGACUGAGUGUUGAGCAGGUGAAGGCAUUGGAGAAGAACUUCGAGGUUGAGAACAAGCUCGAGCCGGAGCGGAAGGUGAAGCUCGCCCAAGAGCUUGGCUUGCAGCCACGGCAGGUUGCUGUGUGGUUUCAGAACCGGCGAGCUCGUUGGAAGACCAAGCAAUUGGAGAGAGAUUACGGCCUUUUGAAAGCAAAUUACGAAGAGCUGAAGGUCAAUUACGACACUCUCAGCCAUGACAAGGAAUCUCUGUUGGCGGAGAUCAGAGAGCUGAAAUCGAAGCUCAAGGAAGGAAGUAUGGAGAACGAGCGCCCAAUCAAAGAGGAGAUUGUCCAGUCGGAAUCCGAAAACAAGGCUUCCGAGCAGCAGAGUCAGAUCUCUGCUGCGAUCGGCGGACCAGAUAAUGCGACUGCCGAUCAGAGUCUAGACCAUUACGGUGGACUGUUUGGAGAAUUCAAAGAUGGGUCGUCAGAUAGCAGCGAUUCAAGCGCGAUCCUGACUGACGAUAACAGCCCUCACAGCACAAAUUCCUCUGGGGUUCCCCCUCAGAUGACCACCGCAUCGCCGGCAUCAGGGCCCCUCAGGUUCGACAUCUCAAGUUCUUCCACUUCGUCAUCGAAUUCAUUGCCGAAUUGCCUGCAAUUCUCAGAUCUGAGGUUAUCAACAAAUGCCCAGAAGGCAUAUUAUCAUCAGUUCUUGAGGAUGGAUGAACCCAGUUUCUUGACUGGGGAGGAGCCCUGCGAUUUCUUCUCUGAUGAACAAGCUCCCACUCUUUCAUGGUACUGUUCUGAGCCAUGGAAUUGAACUGAAAAAGAGAGAGAGAGAGAGAGAGAGAGUAAAAGGCAAUAAAGAAAAUUGGGAGGGGAGAAUGGGAAGAGAAGUAAAGUGUGAGGGGGCAUUUUGUAAAAUGCAAAUGUAUGUAGCUUCUUGUUAUGUCUUUGUAUAAAGGGAAAAAAAAAAAAAAAAAAAAAACAGUGCUGGAAAGAGAAUCUCCAACGCAGAGAAAGAGAGGUGGAAUAAGGCAAAAGAACAAAAAGAGAGAAGUGGAGUUCCUGAAACAAAACAUGGAAAUUUCGAAGAGAGAGAGAGGGAGAAGGGGUUUCACGUGGGUAUGGGGUAAGGGAUGAUGACGUUGCCUCCAGUAAGGAAGCAGUGCCAUUGCUUUUGGGUGCUACUGUGAUUAAAGAAAACCAAGAAUCAUGUACUAUCCCUUUUAAAUUCAGGAUCUUGUUUCCACA